AUUGGUAAUAAGUGGGAGAAGAGCCACAAUGAACAUGUGGUCAAUGGGAAGAAUGUGCCCCUUAUAUUGGUGGUUAGUGGGUAGAAUGCUGCCUUACAAUGGUGGACAGUGGGAGGAAUGCUUCUUAUAUUCAUGGUCAGUGGGAGGAAUGCCCCUUAUAUUCGUGGUCAGUGGCAGGAAGAAUGUUCCUCAUAUUGGUGGGCAGUGGCAAGAAUGCUCAUCAUAUUUGUGGUCAGUGGGAAGAAUGCUCCUUAUAUGUGGUCAGGGGGGAGAAUGCUUCUUAUAUUUGUGGUCAGUGGGAGGAAUGCUCCUUAUAUUGGUGGUCAGUGGGAAGAACGCUCCUUAUAUUUGUGGUCAGUGAGAAGAUUGCUCCUUAUAUUUGUGGUCAGUGGGAGGAAUGAUCCUUAUAUUGGUGGUCAGUGGGAGGAAU